AUGAUUUUCCAGUCACCAAAGCUGUUUUUAAUCUACUUGAUGAUAAGCAUUUUCCUCUAUCUCAUAAACCCAUGUGCAACUCAGAUAUCCUUCAAGUACAGCGAUUUCAGUGACACAACCAAGUACAAACCUGUAACCCCAACAAGAAACGCUACGAACUCAGGUUCAAUGAUCCAACUCACACCAGAUGAAGUGGAUAACUGGGGUCGAGCCACAUAUUCAGAGCAGAUGCAUCUUUGGGACAAGAACUCGGGAAAUGUGGCCAACUUCACUUCCAACUUCUCCUUCAUCAUCGAUUCCCGAGGUAAAGAUAGAUAUUCAGAUGGGCUCACGUUCUUCCUCUCAACCCCAAAUUUCCCUGAUCCUAGCCCAACAGAUGGCUCUGGCCUUGGCCUUGUGAGCCGCGUACAAAUGGAACAACCAAUUUUCCUAGCUACAAAUAAAUUCGUUGCAGUGGAGUUCGAUACUUUUCACAAUGCUCCAUGGGAUCCUUCUUAUGAAGUUCCUGAACACGUUGGUAUCAAUAUCAACAAAAUGACAUCUCAUAACUCUACACCAUGGUAUUGUACUAUUAUGCAGAAUAGAACAUAUAGUGCAAGUAUCAAUUACGAUUCCAGUACACAAAAUUUUAGUGUCACCUUCACUGGUUUUGAUAAUGAUACCACCCCUAUUCAACAACACUUAUCUUCUAUCAUUAAUUUGACACUUCUCCUACCAGAAUGGGUUGAAUUUGGAUUCUCGGCAUCUACAGGAUUGCUUUCUGAGUGGCAUAUUCUUACCGCGUGGUCUUUUGAAUCGACAUCACCUUUAAUGAAUCAGCAGUCGCUAGCACCUUCUGUGGAAAAGAAUAAAGGCGAGCCCAACAAAAAAUUGGUGGUGGGCCUCAGCGUGGGUGCAUGCAUUUUAAUUAUUUGUUUGGUGGUGCUUUACCCUGUGUAUAAGAAAAAGUGGCGUCCAAGCGAAGAAGAAGAAGAAGAGUUAGUCUUUGAUCUUUCCAUGGAUGAUGAAUUUGAACGAGGUACUGGACCAAAGAAGUUUUCCUACAAAGAAUUAGUUUCUGCAACGAAUAAUUUUGCCGAGGAAAAUAAGCUUGGACAAGGAGGGUUUGGUGGGGUUUAUAAAGGAUAUUUAGGGGACCUGAAUUCCUAUGUUGCUAUUAAGAGAGUUUCAAGGGGAUCUAAACAAGGGAUAAAGGAGUAUGCAUCUGAAGUAAGGAGUAUCAGUCGGCUCAGGCAUAGGAAUUUGGUGCAAUUAAUUGGUUGGUGCCAUGAGAAAAAGGAUCUUCUUCUAAUUUAUGAGUUCAUGUCAAAUGGCAGCUUGGAUUUGCAUCUUUUCAAAGGUAAAAGCAUGUUAACAUGGAUGGUGAGGUACAAUAUUGCUCGAGGACUAGCAUCAGCACUUCUAUACUUGCAUGAAGAAUGGGAGCAAUGUGUUUUGCAUAGAGACAUAAAGUCAAGCAACGUCAUGUUGGAUUCAAAUUUAAAUGCAAAGCUUGGGGAUUUUGGCUUAGCUAGGCUAGUGGACCAUGUAAAAGGAUCACAAACCACGGCUUUGGCUGGGACCAUGGGCUACUUGGCCCCUGAAUGUAUUAUGUCGGGUAGGGCCAGUAAGGAGUCAGAUGUAUAUAGUUUCGGAGUUGUAGCUUUGGAGAUCGCUUGUGGAAGAAAACCACUUGAAGUCAAGGCAAAAGAAGAUGAAACUAUUCUGUUAGAGUGGAUUUGGGAGCUUUAUGGAACAAGAAAUCUUCUUAAGGCAGCUGAUACUAGAUUUUGUGGAGAUUUUGAUGAGCAGCAAAUGGAACGAUUAAUGGUUGUUGGACUUUGGUGUGCUCAUCCAGAUUACAAUGUUAGGCCUUCAAUAAGAAAAGCCAUUCAUGUGCUUGAUUUUGAAGCUGCGUUACCCAUUCUCGAACCAAAGAUGCCAAUGCCAACCUAUCUUACCCCUCCCAUUCUUGCAUCAACAUCUUCAACUAGUAAUUCAGAAGACCACCACGCUCAGUCAUCAAGCCCUACUAGCUACACUGGUUCUUCACAGUUCACAACAUAUUCUGCAGCAUAUACAUCUACUCAAUAACUUC